UCGAAAUUAUGGUUAAUUAUUGGGAAUCGAGUUGAAAAAUUCAUGAACUUGAACAAUUAUCAGUUUAGGGUUUAAUUGAAGGUGUAUUGUAGUGGUUUAUUUUUUUAUUAUUUUUUUUGUCUUUAUGUUCUAGUACUUUGGAUUCUCUAAUCUCUACCUAUGGUUAAUGCAUGCAGUAAGUAGGUGUUUACAAAAUUAAAUUUUGAAUUUUUGUUUUUUAAUCUAUUAGAAAUGUUGGUCUUAUGUUACUUAUAUAUGCUAAAAUUCUGAAUUUAGAAAACUAUGGAGCUCUCAAACUUCCCCCUACUCUGUUAUUUGGAAAAAGGAGGUGAUGUGUCGUAUUUAGGCGGGGAGAAUAGGUUUUUAUUCAUUAGUCCUGUUAUGAGUUUCUCAGAGAUUUUGAGUAAAAUAUAUGAAGUUUUAGGGUGUGAUAGACAAAAUCUAGAGUUGAAGAUGCAAGUGAAGUACCCUAUACAUAACUCAUAUACAAUUGUUCGGUUGUAUGAUGAUAGCUCAUUGAGAGACAUGUGGGUGGCUGUGAGAAAGAAUUCAAUGUCUAAUAUGCAAUUGUACAUUGAAUUGGUUCCCAAGCAACAAAGUAUGGUUGACAACAUUGGUUCUUUUCCUACCGUGGAUUCUUUGUCGGGUAUGCUUUCAAACUCAAAGGGAACAAUUCCUAAUGAAGGGAUGGGAUCAUUUACAAGAAUGCUCACUCGGAUAGGGUAUUGUCAUGUAGGAUUAUUUUUUUAGAGUAAUAUUUUUAUAUUACAUACUUCUCAAUCUGAUUAUAUAUUUUAAGUAUACUAAUAAUAACACUAUGAUACUUAGUAUAAAUUCUUUCUGAACUUGGGCCUUGAAUAGGAAGUUGCUCCUAUUUAUUUAUUUUUUUUAUUUGUAUUACAGAGCACAUUAUUGAUAUACUUGUCAUUUAUAUGCGCCUCUUAACAGAUGACAUAGCAACCUUAUACAGAGGACAUUCUUUCGGUACUUCCGGAUAUAUGUCGAAGUGAUAGACAUGUGUGGCAAACUUACUCACCACUAAUAUGCUUUGACAUUGUUGAGUAUCAUCAACCCAAUUGAGUGAUGCGCCAGUUUGGAUAUGAGCAGCCUAUACCUCUUCCGUGUUUCACGAGUGAAUCACUUCACCGCAUUGAUCGUAGAGGGGUAAAGAACAAGAGUUAUACAUGCUAAAUACUUAGAAGAAUGGAAUAAACGGGAAGAUAGAGUUGUAACUGGCACUUUGCCCAGGGGUCAAACAUCAUCAGCAUCACUACAUGCCUAUUUAUCAUGGUAUCGGACUAUUUCAAGGCUCAUUAUCACUCCGCCAAACCUAGAGCGUCCUUCAACUCAAUAUCAACCGGCCUCUAAUGAAUUUGUUCUGUCUGAAGCGAUAGCUGAAAUGGCAAGGAAGUGCACUCGUGCUAUAGAGACUACUUCUGAUCUGCCUGAUGAUAAAGCACUAGAAUUGGCAUUGCAUACCUUAAAAAGCUUAGCAAAUUCUUGCACUGAGACCUUAUAUGCAGUUGACAAAGCAUACAUGCUCCAUGAUUUAGGUCUUGCAACUCAGUCAACCUCCUCGUCAAGUAUCCUAGAUCCUAGACCAUCACGACACAUCCCUAAUUACCCUCGACCUCCAAUUUCUCCUACUCCUACUCCCACUCCUCCUCGAUCUCUUACUCCUCAUCCUCCUUGUCCUCCUCGAUCUCUAACUCCUCCUCCUUCUCAAUAUUAUGCUCAUGCUUCUCCUCGAUCUUAUACUACUACUCUUCAUCCUCCUUCCUCACCACUUAGUUUUCCGAGCCCAUCUUCAUUACCUUUAAAUAACUGAGUGUAGUUCUCUGUUAGGAUUAUCCCCCCUGCCACCAUUGACCUACCAGAGAUGCCCUCGGACAUCGACAUCUUUUGUUUUAGAGUCCAUUACAAAGGUGGAUGAGUCUGCGUUAGGAUCAUCAGCACAUCAGUCGAAGAAAAGGCGUACUUCUUAGUUGUUAGAUAACUAGAAGCAACAUUAUAUUGUACCUGAUGUGUUAAUUUUGCUUUGGUUCAUAGUUUGAUGUAAAAUUAUGAAACCUUAUUUAUUUUGAAGAAAAUCAUUUGGAAUUUUGAAUGGUUAAAUUUGAUGUUUUUUUUAGUACGAAAUCUGAUUUCUUAAUUGGUCUACUUUUGAGAAUUUUUGUCAAGGUGUAUUGCAUUUUCAGUUGGCUACUAAUGGCAUUAUGUCUUAUUAAUCCCAAUUCCUUAUCUUAUUUUUUUUAUUGGUUAACAGCUUUAUCAGGUUUGGAAUAUAUUAAUAUCAGUGGGCAGUAGGAGGUGGGACUGUCAUAAAGUGAAAAAAAGUUGCAGUUAGAAACGCUAAUACUGAUGUUGGUUUUACAAAUACAACCGUUACCAACAAUUGCAGUUGUAAAAUAUAAAACCGCUACUAUCAAUUGCGGUUAUAUAUGCAAACCGCCAACACCAGUUGCGGUUCUACACUGAACAAAAAAAAAAAAAAAACAAGGUUAAACCCGAUCCUACUUGGACACCAUCUAGGAAAUUUGUUUUUAAAACGACCCAAAGUGGGAAUUAAUUUUGAUUUAAACAAUUUCUAGGAAACCGUUUGUAAAAACAUGGUCAAACUGAUCAUCUGAGAGCUGAGACUUUCACUAAAAACAUUCAAUUUCUCCCCACUUUCUCUCUCCUCCGCAACACCCACCGCCGUCAUGCGGUGGUCGCCGCCGAUCAGGCUCAAUGGCGGCGGCCUCGGAGUAGCAGCAAUGGCGUACAUCACCAUUGAUUAUCUUCGAGAAAUCUCCCCUUUAUGGCAUUCUCGUCUUCAACCAGCUCUUUGGUCUAUUCUCUCUCUUAUCGCUCUUUCUCGAAUCUUCUCUUACAAGCAUUGGUCCGCCGAGUUUCGUGCUGUUCUUCCGUUUGUGGGGUCCGCCAUUUUUCUUCUUUGUGCUCUUCUUUAUGAAGCUAUAUCUGUUCGUUCUGUCACGGCUGUGCUUGGGCUUGAUUGGCAUCGAAAUACACCUCCUCUUCCAGACACAGGCCAGUGGCUACUCCUCGCUCUGAAUGAAAAGCUUCCCCAGACUGUGGUUGACAUUCUGAGAGCACACAUAGUUGGGCUGCAUCACUUCUUGAUGCUGUUUAUUAUGCUUGCUUUCUCUGUGCUGUUUGACUCUGUAAAAGCCCCUGGCUUUGGGCUUGGAGCAAGGUAUGUGUUCACAAUGGCAGUUGGCCGUCUUUUGCGGACCUUUAGUUUUGCAUCAACAAUUCUUCCAUCAGCUCGGCCUUGGUGUGCUGCAGCUCGCUUUCAAGUUCCAGGGCAUCCUCAUCGUUGGGCACAGAAGUAUUAUGUCCCUUAUGCUUCGGAUGCUAAUGCUAUUCGUCAGUUAUUAAAUAAGGAUUAUGCUUAUGCUGAUCCUGGUAAAUUACUUGGUGACUACCGUCCUGACUGGGGUUCAAUGAACUUUCUUAUCGAUUUUCUGCGCCCAACUCCUGCUGAGGGCUCUUCAUGGUUUCCUCUGCUGAAGAAGGCUGGAGGCGGUUGCAAUGACCUAGUCUACAGUGGCCACAUGCUAAUUGCGGUACUGACAGCCAUGGCUUGGACGGAAGCUUAUGGAGGUUUUAGUUCAGCCCUUGUGUGGCUUUUAGUCCUGCACAGUGCUCAGAGAGAAGUCAGGGAGCGUCAUCACUACAGUGUUGAUUGUGUUGUAGCUAUCUACGUUGGUAUCCUCUUGUGGAAAAUGACAGGUUUUAUAUGGUCAUCUCAGAACGUCUCUAGAAUGAAAAGACUUAGUAAGCUAGAAAAGAUACAAGGUAAGCUAAUCCAGGCUGCUAAAGAUUCCGACAUACAAGAGGUGCAGAAACUUCUGAAUGAAGUUGAGUUAGGAACUCAGGAAAGACAGGGAGUAAGCAGUAAGAUUAUGUGGUUAUUCCCUUUGGUGACUACUAUCUCCACCUUUGCAAUCAUCAUUUUCACGUUAAUAUGGGCUAGUGAUGGGUAAUCUGUUGCUGCAACCAGCAGCUGUGAUCAACUUUGUAACAUUUUUUACCACUCUUUUUUUCUUCUACAUUUGUAGCAAGCUGUUAUGUGUAAGAGAUGGAUGCAAUUUUAGACGUAGUGUAUUCAUAGAGAUCGACUCACAAUCUUGUUUCUUAUAUAGGUGAUUAGGUGUUAUGAUAUCCCUUUUCAUCCUUUUGGCCUUGUGGCUACAUUCAUCAGAUCCAGUUGUAAAAGCUUGUAAUGAUUGUAUACCUAUAAGAUGAAAAAUUUUCUAAAAUUGUUGAAGCUGAGACAUUUUCUCAGAAUUGGUAACUGAUGAAUGGGUUGAUAGAAGA